CGAUUUUUAGGCGGUGUUGUUCAAAAGCGAUUCUCAGCAUUCGAUCUUCAAAAUUCGUGGCCGCGACACCUCUAUCAUACUGGCAAAACUCCACCCCCUCUCGUCAGUCUCCAUCUUAAUACAUACAGGAUCUUCACACUGCCAUCAUGUUCGGUCCUGAAUUUCAAUCCUGGUUCGGCUUCCACUCGGUGCCCAAUCGGGCGCAACCUCCGCAGGUCGGAGAUCGAGCGCCCGAAUCCCCCAAUCUUUCACUCGAGCCCAGCAAACGCACAGUCGUGACUUUCCUCCGUCACUGCGGCUGUCCAUUCGCGGAGCAAACAUUUCUACGGUUGCGCGAAUCCGCAAAGAAGCACUCCGACAUCGACUUCAUCGCCGUGUCGCACAGCAACAAGGAAGCCACGGAGAAAUGGCACAAGUCGCUUCCGAACUACGGUAGCGAGACCGAUAACCUGCGAAUCGUGGUUGACAGUGAUCUGGUAUCGCAUGGUCAAUGGGGGUUGGGCGCUUCGGGCUUCCUCCACGUCCUCGACCCGCGAGCUCUGAGCAACGUUUUCAAGCUGCAAAAGGAACAAGGAAUCUCGGUCCGUCCUACCGAGAGUGGCAGCCGAUGGCAGACCGCCGGGUCUUUUGCCAUUGACGAGAACAAGAAUGUACGUUGGGGAGGGCCCGCAGCCCGGUCGGACUUUGUUCCCGACUUUGAGGAUGCAGUCAAGGCAUUCAACUGAUAACGAUCAUUCGGGACUUGGACAAGGAUAGUUUCGCGAUUCAUGGUUCUCUGGAAAUACCACCUGCGGCGCGUAAUCAGCUGAUAUCCCAUGCGGGCGAUAGAUCAUAUAUAUGUACAUGACUAUAGUAUAAUAAUGGUUUGUUUGGUUGGGGGUCAUUACUGUAUGUGUCUCCUGUUCCC